CCCCAGGUUUUUUGGGUGGGGGAGGGGGCGCAUCUCGGCGAGUCACGAUGAUGGCGGCGACCAUCCUGUGGUGAGCUAGUGGAUUCCCUGCUUGUCGCUCAGAGCUCCUCGCGUUUCCUGCAGGUUCAGUGGCUGACGCCGCACGCGGCCUGAGCUCGCGUGGAAAGCCGCAGUCGCGGAGGCAGCGGCGCGGCCCGGGCCAGGGCUGGGGGAGAGGCCGCUCCGCAGGGCGAAUGUGACAAGCCCCCACCCCCACUGCCUUCCUCCCAAGUGCGCGAGGAGCGCCGGCGACCCCGGGGCCCGGCCAGGCCACAGACCCCGCCCAGCGGCCAGCACCCGGAGCAGGCCCGCAGUAGGAGCUGCGCGGUGGCACCAUGCAGGUCACCCUGAAGACCCUCCAGCAGCAGACCUUCAAGAUCGACAUCGACCCGGAGGAGACGGUGAAAGCAUUGAAGGAGAAGAUUGAAUCUGAAAAAGGGAAAGAUGCCUUUCCGGUAGCAGGCCAAAAAUUAAUUUAUGCAGGCAAAAUCCUCAAUGAUGAUACGGCUCUCAAAGAAUAUAAAAUUGAUGAGAAAAACUUCGUGGUGGUGAUGGUGACAAAACCCAAAGCAGUGACAACACCAGCACCAGCUACAACUCAGCAGUCAAACCCUGCCGCGACUCCUGCAGUGAGUUCCUCUACAGCAGCAGCCGUGGCACUGCCCCCAGCCCCUGCCCCUGCCCCUGCCCCUGCUUUGGCUCCCACGUCCACACCAGCAUCCAUCACUGCAGCAUCCACAGCAACAUCUUCUGAACCUGCACCUGCUACUGCAACUAAACAGGAGAAACCUGCAGAGAAGCCAGCAGAAACACCAGUGGCUGCUAGUCCAACAUCAACUGACAGUACAUCAGGAGAUUCUUCUCGGUCAAACCUCUUUGAAGAUGCAACAAGUGCACUUGUGACAGGUCAGUCCUAUGAGAAUAUGGUCACUGAGAUCAUGUCCAUGGGCUAUGAACGAGAGCAAGUAAUUGCAGCCCUAAGAGCCAGUUUCAACAACCCUGACAGAGCAGUGGAGUAUCUGUUAAUGGGAAUCCCUGGAGAUAGAGAAAGCCAGGCUGUGGUUGACCCCCCACAAGCAGCUAGUACCGGGGCCCCUCAGUCUCCAGCAGCAGCUACAGCAGCAGCGACUACCACGGCAGCAACCACAACAACCACUUCUGGAGGACAUCCUCUUGAAUUUUUACGCAAUCAACCUCAGUUCCAACAGAUGAGACAGAUUAUUCAACAGAACCCAUCCCUGCUUCCAGCAUUGCUACAACAGAUCGGUCGCGAGAACCCACAGUUACUGCAGCAAAUUAGCCAACAUCAGGAGCAUUUUAUUCAGAUGUUAAAUGAACCAGUUCAAGAAGCUGGUGGUCAAGGAGGAGGGGGUGGAGGUGGCAGUGGAGGAAUUGCAGAAGCUGGAAGUGGCCAUAUGAACUACAUUCAAGUAACGCCUCAGGAAAAAGAAGCUAUAGAAAGGUUAAAAGCAUUAGGAUUUCCUGAAGGACUUGUGAUACAAGCAUAUUUUGCUUGUGAGAAGAAUGAGAAUUUGGCUGCCAAUUUUCUUCUACAGCAAAACUUUGAUGAAGAUUGAGAGGGACUUUUUUUUUUUUUUUUUUUUUUAAAUCUCACACUUCACCCCAGUGCAUUACACUAACUUUGUUCACUGGAUUGUCUGGGAUGACUUGGGCUCAUAUCCACAGUACUUGGUAUAAGGUAGUAGAUGGUUGGGGGUGGGGAGGGAGGGAUCUAGGGUGUAGGGCAGGGAUAAAUACAGUGCAUGUCUGCAUAAAUUAGCAGAUGCUGCAAAUCCACACAGUGUGUAAAAUACUAUACAACCAAAAAUCAGCUUUUGCAGGUCUUUAUUUCUUCUAUAAAACAGUAGGUAACUUUUCCUAGGUUUCAUUCUUUUUAGUGUAAUAGAUCCAGAAAUUUAGUGUAAUGCCCUGCUUUGUAUUUCUUUGACUUAACAUUGGUUUCAGAAAGAACUUUUGCUCCCUAGAAUGUACGGUCUCUGUUUCAUGGCAACACUGGAUAAUGGCUUUGUGAAAUUGAAAAAAUUUUGGAGCAACUGUAAACAGAAAUGCAAAAUGAUUGAUGGUUAUUGUUGCUGCUUCAAAUAAGUAUAAAAUUAACGUGUAAGGCAGCCUAUUCUUUCAUGUUAAAUACAUGGGGCGGGGGGGAGAAGAACCUUUUCUUAAAAUGAAAAUUAUUACUGCUAUUUUAAAAGUUCUUGAUCAUUGAAUGUGAGAUCCUUCUAACACAAUUUGAGAAGCUGUACAAGUAUAGGCACAGUUAGUUUCCUGUUUACAAUUUUUUGUUUGGGGAGAAAAUUGAUAGAUGUCUAAUUACUGUUUACUUCAUUGUUAUAUUGCAGUAAAAGUUUUCAAACA